UUGUUACUUUCUUUCCUGUAUUUUUUUUUUCCUUUCUUUUCAAUAGAAAAAAAAAAAAAAGCAAAAGCUCUCAAACAACAAUUUCUGCUGGGUCUUCUCUUCAGAGUCAGACUCUAAAAGCAAGCAUCUAUCUUAUUGAUGGAAGCGUGUUUUGGUUAUUUUAUUUCAUUUCAUGAUUCAUGAUCAUCAUCAUCAUCUUCUCUCGACAAAAUCAAUAACUGUCCACUUCUACUUCUUUUCACGUUUUCAAUCGUUCUUGUCUUUGUUCUUUGAUCUUCAUUCAUUCUUUUUUCGAUCACCUCAUUCUUAAAGAGAAACCAUCAAUAACCACCCUUCAGUUUCCGCAACAAUCAAUAUUUUGUUUUUGUUUUCAAAAGAUUGAAUUUUAACCUUCUUUGAAAAAAAUAUCCCAUCACCACCGUUAUGUUGCUAAGAAACCCUUCUUUAUACACAAACCCAGAACCCUGCCAGCACCUUGCUGAGUACAAGCUCAAGCAUGGCUUCGAUGGCUACAAAGCCAUCCAAAAGCUCCUUGUGAUUUCUCCAAUUGGGAAAGCCAGUGUCAAGAAACCCAACACAAAGGUACCCAGAUGCGGUUUCUGUAAUGGGUGUGAAGGGAGAUUCUAUCUAUGCCUGAUUUGUUCUUCAUUUUCAUGUUUGGAUCACACCCUUUUGCACCCUCAAUCAGAAACAGGUCAUGCUGUCUUUGUGGACAUUGAAAGGGCUGAACUUUUUUGUGGGGUGUGCCGUGAUCAAUUGUAUGACCCUGAUUUUGACCAAGUUGUGAUGUCUAAGCACUCAUUGGGGGUGGCAAGUGGUGUCACUGGGAAUGAAAGCAUUGGCCAGAGAUUGAUCAAGAGGAGGAGAUUGGCUUCUGGUGUUGUUGGAUUGGAUUUGCAGAAAUCUAAGUGUAGAGUUUCCACCAAAGAUCUGAGGGAAAAAUCGUGUUACCCUGUGGGGUUGAGGGGGUUGAACAAUCUUGGUAGCACGUGCUUCAUGAAUUCGGUGUUGCAAGUGUUGCUAAAUGCACCUCCUUUCAGGGACUAUUUCCUGAGUGGUGGACACCGGUUGGAGGCUUGUCAUCACAGAAGAACCGCGGAUCUGAUGUGUUGUUUGCUUUGUGAUGUCAAUGCUAUUUUUUCGGCUGCGUAUUCGGGGGAUCGGAGUCCGUAUAGUCCUGCUCAGUUUCUCUACAGCUGGUGGCAGCAUUCAGCAAAUUUAGCAUGUUAUGAGCAGCAGGAUGCUCACGAGUUUUUCAUUUCGAUGUUAGAUGCUAUCCAUGAGAAAGAGAGCAAAACAAGGAAUGGAAGCAAAGGUAAUGGAGACUGUCAAUGCAUUGCUCAUAAGGUGUUCUAUGGGUUAUUGAGAUCAGAUGUUACCUGCAUGGCCUGUGGAUUCACCUCAACAACCUAUGACCCUUGUGUGGACAUUUCACUUAACUUGGAUACCAAUGUCUCUUCAACAGAAAAGGGUAAAAAACUUACCAAACAAAAUGAGGAUGGCAGUAUGUCUACACUUUUUGGUUGUUUAGAUUUAUUCACAAGGCCAGAGAAGUUGGGGUCAGACCAGAAACUUUACUGCCGGAAUUGUCGGGAAAGGCAGGACUCGUUGAAGCAAAUGUCUAUUAGAAAGCUUCCAUUAGUACUUAGUUUGCAUGUAAAACGAUUUGAACACUCCUUUGUUAAAAAGUCUUCAAGAAAAAUAGAUCGCUACCUACACUUCCCAUUUUCCUUAGAUAUGUCCCCAUAUCUGUCCUCCUCAAUCCUCAGAGCCAGAUAUGGAAAUAGAAUUUUUAAUUUUGGGGGUGAUCAAUCAGAUAUGUUUUCUGAGUUUGAGAUUUUUGCAGUGGUGACACAUUCGGGGACGCUCGAGUCUGGCCAUUAUGUUUCUUUCGUGCGUUUAAGGAAUCAGUGGUACAGAUGUGAUGAUGCUUGGAUAACUGUGGUUGAUGAGGCUACAGUCAGAGCCUCACAGUGUUACAUGAUUUUUUAUGUGCAAAAGUUGCAGCACAAUAAAGCAAAUGAAGACCCGAGUCAUGUGCCAAAUUCCCCCGGAAGAGAGCUAUUUCUUCCUAUUGCUGGAUUUUGCUAGCGAGGAUGAUUAUAAAGUUUGGAGAAUCACACUUCACAGUUAACAAGAUUGAUUUGCAAUAUGCAUCUUAAAGUUUCGGACUGCUAAAACCCGGAUAUGCGAAUGAGAAGCCAGGUAGUCGUGUACAUAACUCUUUUCAACUGAUGCUAACCAAAGUUGUUCGAAAACCAUUAUUACUCUUCUGUCUCCACCAAGUAAAGCAUGGAGAAAAAGAAAGUUAAGGGCAAAAAGGUGAUUAUGUGGAUGACUGUCUCUGAUUCCUGUGUCUAACAAGGACAUUGUAAUAAUACUCAUAGUCCAAUGUGCACAUUGCAUUUUGUCUGCCUUUUAUUGUGAGAGUGCAGAUUACUUAAAUGGGUUUCUUCUUUGGUGCACAAUAGACAAGGGUUUUGUUGAAGGCAAGUUUAUUCUUUUAAAGUUGAUUUGAGGAAAUAUUAUCGCUCUAACUUUAAGUUAUGUUUGCUGGUUGAGUGAAAAAUGCUGCUAUGUUAUUAAUAAUAUCUGAUAUUGAAGGCAAGAAAGUAGUUCAUUGAUAA